AUGGCGCGGGAAGCGAGCAGCAACAUGGAGGUCAGCGGAGAAGCAGACGCUCUCUCUCCGGACACUUUAAAACUCUACGAGGCUCAGUUCUUCGGCUUCACGCCGCAGACCUGCAUGCUGCGGGUGUGCAGCGUGUUCCAGGACUGCAUGUACGACAUCCUGCCCGUGGUGGAGCAGGUCUGUGUGCGGCAGUUGAGUAAGGGCGAGUCGGCAGCGGCGGAGGAGCAGCUGCGGGGCCGGGCCCGGGAGUGCAGCCGCAGACUGCAGCUCUUCCUGGAGGAGAGGUUCAAGCAGCUGUCCGAGCGGAUGGAGGCGCUGCUGGUGACCCGCUGCUUCUCCGUGCCCCCCAACGUGCUGCUGCCCGAGGACCAGAGCCACAACAAGUACCCCCAGGGGCUCCAGGACAUGCUGAGGCUGGAGUCGUCCCUGACAGACAUGCAGAGAACCUAUGAAGCAGAGGUCUGCGCCAGACAAGCGCUGCUGGCCGAGCUGGAGGAGCAGAAGGAGGUGCAGAAGCAGCUGGAUGGUCUCCGGACUUGGAUCAGAGAGCUGCAGGCAGCCUGGGUGAAGGAGGGUAACGGCAACUUUAGUGAAAGUUUCCGACUGGUGAUGGAGUCGGUAAAGAACCUGCAAGAGGCCGUCGCAGAGGUCUACAAGAAAGCACCUCACUGAACUGAACUCAAAUUUGUUUUAUAUCUCGAUAUUCCUCCAGAACUUUAAUAAUGUUGUUUUUCAUUCUCUUUUUUUGAACAACAGCAGU